AUGGUUGCGCUCCCGCGUAUCGCUAUCCCAUACACCAGAUCAAACCCCAUCUCUAAUAUUACCGCUUCAGUCCACCUCUUGUCCUGGAUCAAUAUCGACCAUAAAGCGGAGAGGCCAUUAUUGACAUUCCUUGCUCUUGCAACACCUUCCUUCAGCACUCCUAAGCCUAUACAAGAAGAAGUGAGUGCGCAUUUCAUUCAUGUCGGUGACGUUUGGGAGAACGCUGCUAUUCAUUACUUAUCACUUGCACCCUCCCAGUCUUUCGGUUUUCCAUGUCAACUUGAAGGUACUCUUAUCCGUCUACUCGUCUCCUAUCCCUCUUCUACUGGAUUGCCUACCCUUAGCGAAGCGAAUUUCAUGCACUUAAUCUCACUUCUCAGAUCUAAUUUCGAUUAUUUUUGCGCCUAUGUGAAGACUAUAGCCUGCUUUCAACGAAGCCAAUCUGACUAUGUAUUGCUACAGACGCAGAACAUACAGGGCUUCUUUGUCAGUUACAUACAGCAGAACUUCCUCAUAGCUUCUUUGCCGUUUAACUGUCGUGAGCUGUCACCAAUUAGGGCUGACAUUCUUGUAGGUGUGGGUAGAGCUCAGAAUGAAAUAAAUGUAAAGCAACACAUGUCUCUCUCGAAUCCACCUGCCUCCAUCAGAGCAGAUAGUUCGGCCAUCCUUGAACCAAGGGGAAUAGGGCGCGAACAGGAAACAAAUUCGCUCUCGUUGCAUUGGGCAGCGGCUCACCGCAGUGAACAGAGAGCGCGAGUCGCUCGCCUCCAACGCUCUGAGACUCGCAUGCAAUCCCCCCAGCUGACUCUUGCCACGGCCGUGGGAGACAUCGUGUUACCACACAUAUUCUCGCGAGCCAAAUCGGACACGCUGGUGUGUGGAGGCGGUAAAUUGAGUGCAGAGGAGCCGACUGAGGAAGCCUCACAUCGCACAGGCCAAUUGUCGUGUGCGAAAUUUGCUGGAUUCUUGGCAAUGCCAAGUAACCACUUUUGCCUCACAAAUCUCAUAGAGAUUCAGGUAACUGCACAUAUCGCCCUAUAUAAUCAACCACAACGCGUUUUAUUUCCUCUCGCAGGCCCCUCAGGGGACGCGUCUCAUGGAAGCGCGCAUUCUCAAUCCAGAGGCCUUGCUACUAGCCUCCUGGAGCUGGAGUUAGAGCUGCAGGAGCUGCAGGAGCUGGUGGAGCCGGUGGAGCAAGAGGAGUAA